UUAACCACUACUAGUACAACAAUUUGAUGAAUAUGUAUUCAUUUCUGAGACUGAAGAUAAAGGUCAAGAAAAUAUAAGAAGCAGCGAAGCAAAAGAAUCCUCUUCUAUCAAUUUGGCAUUACUUGGCUUUGCUUUCCUCAUCUCACUGUAUUCUCCACCUCACAGCAGAAUUCAGAGGGCCCAUGCCCAUGCCCACGUUAUUGGAUGGAAUCCGACCUGUCCAAUCUGAGCGAUCCUCAGCAGAUAACGCAUUUCUCCACCCAUUCGCCCUGUCAUCCUUAGAAUCACUUAUCCUCCUUCCAAUUCAAGCCACACAAAAUCAAACUUCAUCUUAUUAAAAGCCAAUCUCUCUCUCCUGCCCUUUUGAUUGCCUCUCACUCUGAGUCUCGAGCACAUAUCUAUCAAGUGAAAAACAGAAGCCUUUGUAUGAUGGCCGCUGUCACCUCCUCAGCUGUUGCUAUCCCAUCUUUCACUGGCCUCAAGGCUGGUGCCACCCCAGCUAAAGCUAGUGCCACUGCCAAGGUUGCAGCCUCUCCAGGCCCAAGGCUCAGCAUCAAGGCCUCCCUCAAGGAUGUUGGUGUUGCUGUUGCCGCCACUGCUGCGAGCGCAAUUCUUGCCAGCAACGCCUUGGCCAUCGAAGUCAAGCUCGGUGCUGAUGAUGGGUCUUUGGCUUUUGUUCCCAGCGAUUUCAGCGUGAGUGCUGGAGAGAAGAUUGUCUUCAAGAACAAUGCUGGCUUCCCACACAAUGUUAUCUUCGAUGAGGACGAAAUCCCAAGCGGCGUCGACGCCUCCAAAAUCUCUAUGUCUGAUGAAGAUCUACUUAAUGCCCCAGGAGAGAUCUACUCUGUUACCUUGACUGAGAAAGGAACGUACAGCUUCUACUGUUCCCCUCACCAGGGUGCUGGCAUGGUUGGAAAAGUGACCGUUAACUAAGUUCUUUGUAAAACUUUUAUGUACGUUUCAUCUCAAACGUCUCUCCUACUUCUUGACUGGUAUCGGAGUUUUAGGUCCUGGGGAUGAGAAAAUGUCUUAGAUGAAUCUCAAAAGGAAGAGAUGCUUUUGUGUCCUUGAUUUGCUUUGAAUUUCUGUCGAUUUGGUUGUAACACGACUUAUAUUUUUUUCUUCCCAUUUAAAUUUUCCUUGAAAAAGACUGUUUUCAA